ACCCCCAGUGCCCAGGGCCUUACCUUGGCUGCCUGACGCGGUGGGGAGGGAGGGGUCGACUGAACUCCGGCCGGGGGAGGGGCGGGAGGGGCGGGACUGCUGCGCCGGGAGGUGAGCGCCUGUCUGCAGACGCUGCGGGCAUGCGGGGUCCCGCCGGGCCUUCGCGCCUCCUCCACGCCCCACACCCCCUCCUCUGCCUGCUCUGCUUCCUCCCUCCGCUGCUCAAAGCAGCUGGACCGAGCCGGGCAUCCAGAGACCAGCCCCUGUGGGCACUGCUGGAGCAGUAUUGCCACUCAGUCACGACCUUCGCCAACUUCUCAGGUCCCUACUCCUACUGCAACACGACCUUGGACCAGAUUGGGACGUGCUGGCCCCGGAGCGCGGCCGGGGCCCUGGUGGAGAGGCCGUGCCCCGAGUACUUCAACGGCGUCAAGUACAAUACGACCCGGAAUGCCUACCGAGAGUGCUUGGAGAAUGGGACGUGGGCCUCACGGAUCAACUACUCACAGUGUGAGCCCAUUUUGGAUGAUAAGCAGAGGAAGUAUGACCUGCAUUACCGCAUUGCCCUCGUUGUCAACUACCUGGGUCACUGCGUGUCUGUGGCAGCCCUCGUGGCUGCCUUCCUGCUUUUUCUGGCCCUGCGGAGCAUCCGCUGUCUUCGGAAUGUGAUUCACUGGAACCUCAUCACUACCUUCAUCCUGAGAAAUGUCAUGUGGUUCCUGCUGCAGCUCAUCGACCACGAAGUGCAUGAGAGCAACGAGGUCUGGUGCCGCUGCAUCACCACCAUCUUCAACUACUUCGUGGUGACUAACUUCUUCUGGAUGUUCGUGGAGGGCUGCUACCUGCACACGGCCAUCGUCAUGACCUACUCCACUGAGCGCCUGCGCAAGUGGCUCUUCCUCUUCAUCGGAUGGUGCGUGCCCUGCCCCAUUAUCAUCGCCUGGGCCAUUGGCAAACUCUACUACGAGAAUGAACAGUGCUGGUUUGGCAAGGAGCCUGGCGACCUAGUGGACUACAUCUACCAGGGCCCCAUCAUCCUCGUGCUUCUGAUCAAUUUUGUAUUUCUGUUCAACAUCGUCAGGAUCCUGAUGACAAAAUUACGAGCAUCCACCACAUCAGAGACGAUUCAGUACAGGAAGGCGGUGAAGGCCACCCUGGUUCUCCUGCCCCUUCUGGGCAUCACCUACAUGCUGUUCUUCGUCAACCCUGGGGAGGAUGAGCUGUCACAGAUUGUGUUCAUCUAUUUCAACUCCUUCCUGCAGUCAUUCCAGGGCUUCUUUGUGUCUGUCUUCUAUUGCUUCUUCAAUGGAGAGGUGCGCUCCGCUGUGAGGAAGAGGUGGCAUCGCUGGCAGGACCAUCACUCCCUCCGAGUCCCCGUGGCCCGUGCCAUGUCCAUCCCCACAUCACCCACACGGAUCAGUUUCCACAGCAUCAAGCAGACGGCCACUGUAUGACCCCUCAGUGCCCCCACCUCACCCAUCACUCCACCGUGGGGACAGCCUUCCAGUCCUCCUCCAGCGCCUUUCUCUGGGUUCUCCCUGCCACGCAGGCCCUGGUGGGGGCAGAUAGGGGAGAGACCAGCUCUCCAGGCUGGCAGGAGAGAGGCUGUGCAGCAGCACGAGGGACUCUCAGGAACGCGAGCGAAGAAGUCACAGGAGAAGAGAAGAGCGGGUCACAUAUCUACAGGCAUUUGCCCACACCAGCCUCUCUCGCACCGUCCUCACUGUAGCUACGAUCACAGAUGAGGAAACUGAGGCCCAGAGCCAGGAAGGGCCUGAUCAAGCCACACAGCUAGUGGUGGGCCUGGGGCUCCUCUGCCCGACUCAUGUCGCAUGUCUUCCCACCAGAAACAGUGUGAGAGUUGGUCCCCCUCACUGCCUUCUGCCUCUGUGCUCAGCGGCGCCACCUGCAGCUGGGGGACGCACAGCAGCUCUAGUAAAGGAUUAAUUCAGUGGGCUUUAUCCCAGGGACUCUCACCUACAGAAGCCUCAUGUACACCCCACGCCAGACCUGGCCGUCCCUCCACCUCUCCCCAUUCUCCUGCCCCUGGAGCCCCAGGAAGGAUGCUGCCUCUUUUCCUGAGAGACCUCUUCUCAGCCUAGUCCACAGAUUCAGGGCCUUGGGGAGGGGCUGAUGGGGAGGAAGACAUGGCCGGGGCAGUCAUACACUCCUAGGCCAACCAGAUACAUCAUGCAGGACAAAACAGGGAGGAGAAGCGUGGAGGACACGUUGGGAGAGGAGUUGGGUAGAAGAAGCAGAAACCGAAGUAAUCCCUCAGCCCCCACCUGAGGCUGGGCUUCGGCCUCCCUUUCAGAAACAACAUCUCUGCUGUCUGUGAAAUAAAUCAUGCCUCUGUGGAAACGGCCUCCCCUCGGGUCAAGUCGCCCAAGCAUCCAAAGGUGUGCUGGGGGCCCAGGAUGGUGGGCUGGGCCCGUCCCCAUUUACAGAGACUCACCCUGGCCUGGGGCCGGCUCUCCCUCUCCACCUGUGCCUGCAGGCCUGUUCCUUAUUCACCCAGGCCAAUACCUGCCCCUGCUUCCCAAGUGAAGCCAGUUUAACUCUGCUUGGAGGAGAGGUGCAGCUCCCCCAGGGCUCUGGAAUCUGGAGGGAAGUGUAAACAAGGCCCCACCACCUCCGUGAUUGACAGCCAGGGCUGCCUCCAUCUUGGCCCCCAUCUGCCCUUCCCUCCAGGAAAGGGUGGGAGUUGAGGGGCAGCAGCAGCCAUCAGGCCUGGGUUCGAAAGGUUUUGCUCUAGGUAUGCCCACCAGCCCAAUUUUUUAAAAUUAUGUAUCCCAUCUUGCAAAAUUUUUAAAUUGACAUCUAAUUUUUUUAAUUUUUAAAAUUUUAUUACUUUUUGUAGGGGGAGGUGAUUAAGUUUACUUAUUUAUUUUUAGAGGAAGUACUGGGGAUUGAAUCCGUGACCUUGUGUAUGCUAAGCAUGCGCUCUAGCACUUCAACUAUACCCUCCCCCCGAUAUCUAAUAUUUUUAUGUAAGUUUUAAAACUUGUGAAAGAUGUGAUUUCUGGCAUUAGGUAAAUAUUUACAUUUUAAAAUAAAACUGCCACAGCACUUUAAAAUAUAUCAUAUGGAAUCCAAACACAGCAGUGAUUUCAUGCUCACCCUCCUCUAAUGAAGAAAACCACACAACCUACCCUUCCUUAACGGGUGGAAAUUUUAAGUUUUUCUUUUUCUCUUUGAACUUGUAUUUUCAUUCCAUUCCCCCU